AUGAAACGCCGUGACCGCACCGCACUGUCGCCGGCCCAUGUGCACUGGGUCAUGGACCUUGGCGACAUCGAGAUUGAUGAGGCAGCUGAGGAAGGCAUGAUCUGGCGGAUUGUGUCCAAGGAAGCUGCAGCGAUCGAAGGUGUGCCACAGCUGAUCCAGGCAGCAUCCAAUACCUCCGGCCACUUGCAGCGGGGAGAGCAUGAGUGGCAAAUCUUGCUGCGCAUGAAGGGCAUGAUUGAAAGGUCCACCCCUCCUCCAGAGUGGGUCCAAGUUCACAAAGAUGUCAUGAGGACCAAGCCAGCCUGCGCUGAAGCCACCCCCUACAUGUAUCAGUUCUUGCUCAAGUACAUGCAUAAGAGAUUGCUGGCAAAGAUUGAGAGCAGGGUCAAGAAGAAUGCGAGCACGAAGAAGGUGCUCGGGACAGAGUUCUUUGUGAACUUGUCGGGCGCGUCGAAGGAUUGGCAGGCAGAGGGGUUGAUGAUCAAAAUGCAGAAGCUCUUGGACAGCGUCAGUAUUCCGGACGAAUCCGCGCAGCAGGUGCAAACUUGCUUUGAGAAAUUCCAAGAUGGCUUGGUCUUGGAAGUCCUUGAGAAGCGCAAGGACUUGACUCCUCAAUCCAUGGCGUGCAAGUUCAUGGAUGAACUUGGGGAGGUUCUUGGAAAGCGCGAGUACGAUGAGUUUGGGAAGAUCAUGGAAGAGGCAGCGCUGGUGAGAGAACAGGGCUUUGUCGAAGGCGCAUCGGUUCUUCGCAAGAAGGACAAGGUUAGGGCCACAAUCGAGAGUUUGAAGGGGUGGAAGGUCAAAUUGUCUUUGGACACAGAGGAUGUUUCUGGAUAUUUUGAGCUUUCGGCUGGAUCGUUCUUGAGAGGAGAAUGGAAAAUAGUCAAGAAACAUGUUGAGACCACGCAACAUGAGUUUGCCACCUUCUCUGACCAUACGGCGCUCAAGUCAGAUGCAAUCAAUCUCAUGUGCGCCAAGGGUGAGGUGGCCAGGCGCUUCAUUGAAUUGGAUCAACAGCACGCCAAAGUGCUUGAGGGGUUGAAACUCCAGGUGAAACCUUCCAAAGCAGUCUUUUGCACAAAGCCCUUUGCCAAAAACAAGUUGAUCCUCAUCCCAUCAACAUGGAAGAUUGAAUCCAAAGAGGCGAGCUCUGGCCUUUCGAUUGGAACAAUCAGGGAUGUGCCCUUGAGUCUCUUGCCUGCCUUCCUACAUUCCAAGGACGGCAACUUGACUGGUUCGUUCCUGCAGCCUUUUUGGAUGGUCAAGAGAACCCAUGUUCUUGAGGAUGCAAAUUGUGAGAUUCGCCCCAACUUGACAGACGCAGAGAACAAUUCUAUCAAGAUCCCAUGUAUGUAUCAAGACGAGUUGAUUGUCUAUACGCCCCAAGUGAAAGUGGAAGAGGAGCCAGAGCCACUAGCUCCCAUCGCCGCGCUACCGCCUGCCAAGCGCGCCAGGACCAAAUCCAAGGGUUCAUAG